AUGAAAAAAAUUCUAUCGCCUUUGAAAACAGCCACCGAUUUGUUGUUUAAUUCAGUGAUUGAGUCGAUAUAUCCGUCUUCACAGACAUCUCCGCCACUACUCAUCAACACUUCACUCAUUGAUAACGAGAUUAUAAUUAACAACAAAAACAUUUUUGUGAUCAGAAAAAGAAGCGGUUGUCUAACAAUUGAUACCAAUUCUGUUCGUCUCCAGUCCUCGACUACCUGUCCAUCACAUCCCACACACAGUCGACUGCACAGCACACCCACUGGUGACCAUCCGAUGCCUUCAAUGUCAACACCCGGUGCUGUGGAGGAGUACAACGUCCGAAACCCACCGCUCGAGGAUCGGUUCGCCGGCGACCGAAUGCAGUCGAUGGCCGCGGGUUUGCGGCGAGCGGUGGCCACCACUCGGGUCAACCCCGGCGUCUGGCCUAUAGUGUUCAUAUCGGUCGGUGUCGUACCGGUAGGGCUGACCUGUUUCUUGUGGUAUCGGUUGACACACUCACCAGAGGUCAGUUUCGGCCGAUGCGGAGACAGAGACCCGGAGCCGCAUCAGCACUGGGAGCACAGGCACGCAAAACUCGAUCGCCCAGAUAUGGCACUAGUGAUGGCUCCUCACCCCCGACCCAAGUUUGACUACAACCGGAUGCCCGAUCCCCGACCCCCUGUCCGACUGUUCUCCGAUAUAAAAUCUGUCUCCAAAACCAAUCGCUUCUUCAAAGCCAUAGGAAUGAGCCGUACGUUAAGUGGCUUUCAAAUGGUUAAGAGAGAUCUGAUUGGGACGGACGGCACCAGACCUACAGCGCCGGGCAAUAAAGGCCGGGGCAGUGGUAGAGGUGGGGGUCGACUGGUUGUGACGGGCAUUGUGUUGGGAGGGCUCGCCUUCUGCGCCAAUAAAUACUUUUGCGGACACAAGAAAUCACGUGUAAGUGAAGGGAAGGACGAGAGCGAGAAGACGGCCACCAAAUCACUUGAGCCGCGACCGAGUGGUCAAGAAGUGAGAGCCGAGGCUAAGAAAGUGCGUAAACACCGCGUCAGUGAUAUACCCCCUCCUGUUCUUUGA